AUGUUUGAUGUUAUAGUGAUUGGAGCAGGGGUUAUUGGAAGUUCCGCCGCUUAUCAAAUCGCGAAACGAGGCUUUAAAACCAUUCUCCUCGAGCAGUUUGACUUCUUGCACCACUGUGGCUCAUCCCACGGUGAGUCAAGAACAAUCCGUGCAACCUAUCCCGAAGACUACUAUUCGAACAUGGUUCUUGAAUCCUCCCGUCUUUGGGAAGAAGCAGAAGCUGAAAUCGGAUACAAGGUCUACUUCAAGACGAUUCAAUUCGAUAUGGGGCCAUCAGAUGACAAAUCUCUACAAGCUGUCAUUAGCAGUUGCAAGAAAAACUCGAUUCUGGUUAGGGUUCUUGAUCAUUCUCAGGUUUAUGAGGAAUUUGACGGCGUUUUCAAGUUGCCUGAGGAUUGGAUUGGUGUUGUAACAGAGCACGGGGGAGUACUUAAGCCGACAAAAGCUGUGUCCAUGUUUCAAACACUUGCACUCAAGAAUGGUGCAAUGCUUAGGGACAACAUGGAAGUGAUAGAAAUUAAGAAAGAUGAAGUACAAGGAGGGGUUUUGGUGCGUACAAGGAAUGGCGAGGAAUUUUAUGGUAAGAAAUGUGUUGUGACAGUUGGGGCAUGGAUGAAAAAUUUGGUCCAUGAAGUUACAGGCCUAAUGCUGCCCAUACAGCCGUUGGAAACUACUGUAUAUUAUUGGAAGAUCAAACAAGGGUUUGAGGACAAAUUCACAAUCCAAAAUGGUGGUUUUCCUACAUUUGCAAGCUAUGGCGAGCCUUAUAUAUAUGGCACGCCAUCGUUGGAGUUCCCUGGAUUGAUCAAAAUUGCGGUGCACGGAGGGUGGCCCUGCGAGCCUAACGAACGGACAUGGGUGGCGGCCAGCCCUACGGCGGUGGAUUCUUUGAAGAAAUGGAUUGAAGCAAGAUUUCAAGGACUUGUUGAUCCAAGUGGACCUGUUAUGUCUCAAUCUUGCAUGUACUCGAUGACCCCGGACGAGGAUUUCGUUAUAGAUUUUUUGGGCGGCGAUUUUGGGAAGGAAGUGGUGGUCGCGGGUGGAUUUUCAGGGCAUGGGUUCAAGAUGGCACCUUUGGUCGGGCGGAUACUGGCGGAGCUGUUGGCGGAUGGGGUGGCACAGGGUGUUGACUUGAAGUACUUCGGUAUAGGAAGAUUCGAUGGUAAUCCACGGGGAAAUGUGAAAGGUUUUGAUUGUCAAGUCACAUUAGCUGAUUCUCGAUGUGACUAA